AGGAAAGCUGCUUUGAAAGAGAAAGAAAAUGGGCUGGAGGAAAUGGGGUACCCUCAUUGAGCUGGGAGGGGUCUCAAAAUUGGUAUUGGUUUCUGAGCAGCUGCUGGUCAGAGGCUUGGAAUUGGCAUGGUAAAUCUAAAACGGUCUUAGCAGUAGUAAGCUGACCUCACCCAAGUUCUCAGCCCUACUCAGCCUGAUCCUUUUUUCUUGAGCCUCAGAGCUAAAAUGCUCCUGAGCUCUUUCCUAUUGGCUGGGAAGACCAGCUGAAGUUCCCUUGCCCAUGUUAGGAGGUAUACGCCUCCUGAACUAAAGAUAGAAACAGCUGGCCCUUCCAGGCAGCUAAAAGCCUCCAGACUAAGAGGUAUUCCCCACCCGGCGGCCAGACUCCUUGCAAUACCCUUUUCAGUAAUUCUACCAACACCUCCAUGUCUCUACUCUGCCAUAACAAAGGCUGUGGGCAGCACUUUGACCCCAGUACCAACCUUCCUGAUUCCUGUUGCCAUCACCCUGGGGUCCCAAUCUUCCAUGAUGCACUUAAGGGUUGGUCCUGCUGCCGGAAGCGAACUGUAGAUUUCUCUGAGUUCUUAAACAUCAAGGGCUGUACUGUGGGACCACACUGUGCUGAGAAGCUCCCUGAGGCCCCUCAACCUGAGGGCCCUGCCACAAGCAGUUCACUUCAGGAGCAAAAACCUCUGAAUAUGAUUCCAAAGUCAGCAGAGACUUUGCGCCACGAGAGGCCCAAGUCAGAGUUGCUACCAAAGCUGCUUCCACUAAAUAUAUCCCAAGCCUUGGAAAUGGCAUUGGAACAGAAGGAAUUAGACCAGAAACCUGGAGCAGGACUCGACAGUAGUCUGAUCCAGACUGGUUCCAGCUGCCAGAACCCAGGAUGUGAUGCUGUUUACCAAGGCCCCGAGAGCGAAGCUACUCCAUGUACUUACCACCCAGGAGCACCUCGAUUCCAUGAGGGGAUGAAGUCUUGGAGCUGUUGUGGCAUCCAGACCCUGGAUUUUGGGGCAUUCCUGGCACAGCCAGGAUGCAGAGUUGGUAGACAUGACUGGGGGAAGCAGCUGCCAGCGUCUUGCCGUCAUGAUUGGCACCAGACAGAUUCCUUAGUGGUGGUGACUGUAUAUGGCCAGAUUCCACUUCCUGCGUUCAACUGGGUGAAGGCCAGUCAAACUGAGCUUCAUGUCCACAUUGUCUUUGAUGGUAACCGUGUGUUCCAAGCACAGAUGAAGCUCUGGGGGGUCAUAAACGUGGAGCAGAGCUCUGUCUCCUUGAUGCCAUCUCGGGUGGAAAUCUCCCUGGUCAAGGCUGACCCGGGAUCCUGGGCCCAGCUGGAGCACCCCGAUGCACUAGCUGAGAAGGCGAAGGCAGGGGUUGGGUUAGAGAUGGAUGAGGAAGAAUCUGAGGAUUCAGAUGAUGAUCUGAGCUGGACAGAGGAGGAGGAAGGGGAGGAAGUGAUGGGGGAAUAGUGACACCAGACAGUCAAGUGUCUAGACAGGACCUCACUGACUCCCUUAGGAUCUCAGAGACCAGGAUAUGGUUGGCCAUGUGGCGUCAUUGAGCAGCAGGAGGCUGAAGGAGGGGAGAACAAAAGUGUCCAAACCAUGCUGUUUUUUCCCUUAAAUAAAUCUUGUAUUCUGCAGUUUCA